ACGAUGAGUAUCACCCGGCUCUUACACAGCCCAGGACACCUCUGAAAGGCAGCGUGUGCUCGUGGUUGUAAAUGUAAGUGUGUGUAUGUACGCUGUGGUUUGGUGCGCUGCAUGUGUAUUGCGAGUGUGCGCUUAGCAAAGAAGGAAGUAUUCGGCGGCAGCCACGUGUCACGGGUCAAUGUCAGAGUGAGCACAUUUGUGUUCCCUCGUCGCGUCCCCCAAUGCUUCAGCUAUGACAAAAGCAGCGCUGACCAAAGUCUUCGUUCUGGUGAUCCUUGCCUUCAUCAUCUGCCUCCCAGAGUUCUUCACGUUUUACAGAGUUUCAAAGGUGAAUUUCCUCUGCACUCCCUACCAGCACUCGGAAGAACUGAAUCCAGCGAGGAACGGGGAAACAGCGGGGGCACGGGAGGAGGCCGAGCUGACCCGGAGGGGCGAAUUUGACCCAUGUCUGACUCUAGAAAGUGGAAACCAGAAGCCUUUCGGCACCAGAAGAAACUGGAGUAAAGGAAUGGAAGUUGGGUCCAACUCCGGCGGUAGAAGUGAUCCUGGCGUCGGCUGGUUUGCAUGCGAGACAGACGUGGAUAUGAUGGAUCUAAACAAUGACAGCUUGCUGCCAGGUUUAAAGGUGACAACAGAGGUGUCUGUUGUGGUCCACGUCGGGGGAGAAGGCUCCUCCCUGCAUCUAAAACUGUACGGCCAGGUCCCCCACAGCUCCCUGCACAUCCAUCCGCCAGGAGAGAGAGCGGAGGAGGAAGACCACGAGGAGGACCAAGUGCAGAGGGAUUUCUACUGUUGCCUCCCUGUACCGCCCACCCCAGAGACAACCAAUCACAGCCGUUGUCUCCUUCGGCUAUCCAACGAAACACUUUUCACCUCGACGGAGAGGGCAACGCCGCCGUUGAGAUUGGAGAGCAAAGGUGAGUGGUGGUGUGUGUUCAGGGUGCUGUGGCUGGCUCUGCUGUGUGUGGUGCUGCUGAUUGUGAUCACCGCAGUGCUGGGGCAGGUCUACAGACAGAGACGUGGCGGCAUCAAGAAGCCCGAGGUUUUCCAAGUUCGCGGCUACCGCGCCAGUCCCCCCUCCAACGGCUCCGGUCCGUCCUUCGGGGGGCAUCCAGGAGAGAUGUGCACAGAGAUGAUCAAACCAAAAGGAAAGGCCCGUGGCUUUCUGGAGUCCCACUGUGGCCUAGCGCUAUUCCCCAUCGAAGAGGUUGAAUUGUCAGACCUCUCAGACACCGUGCUGGAUGGAGAGACGGGCUGUCAUUCAUGUGACGUCACCGGAGACUACAACCCCAAACUGCAUCAUCGAGGCCACCCUUCCAGCUCCUCCUGUACUGAGGAGCAGGCCUAGCGAGGGAACGGCCCCCGUGAGCGGAAUGGAAAAAGAAGGGCGGCAUAAAUCUAUCACGGCCGGCUUCUCACCAAGCUCUUCAACAUGACGACAAUAAA